AUAUAUAUACGUGUGUGUGUAUAUAAGUAUGUUUGUAUACAAGCAAGAAUAUAUUGCUCUUCUUAAUUUGCUUCAAUGUCUUCCAAAACUACAACCCUUCCAUUACUUCUUUCCACCCUCAUUUUCCUUAUCCAACUCAAUGUCUCCGUCGGCCAAACCGCCGUCAAGGGCGCAUACUGGUAUUGGGACAGUGGACUUCCAGCCUCCAGCAUAGAUUCCACCCUCUUCACUCAUCUUUUCUGUGCAUUUGCUGACCUCGACGCCGACACGUACCAAGUCACAGUUUCUUCCUCUAACCAAGCACAAUUCUCAAGCUUCACCCAAACAGUCCAAAAAAACAACCCUUCUGUCAAAACCCUCUUGUCCAUUGGAGGCGGUGGCGGUGCUAUCCUUGCAGACACAUUCGCUGCAAUGGCGAGCCAACCUGAUCGGCGUAAGUCAUUCAUUGACUCCUCCAUCAGUCUAGCUAGGUCAUACAACUUCCACGGCCUUGACAUUGAUUGGGAAUAUCCAUCCACCACCACUCAUAUGACCAACUUCGGCACCCUUCUCACCGAAUUGCGUGCAGCCGUGGCCAAUGAGUCGCAGACAUCUGGGAGCACGGCAUUGCUUUUAACCGCAGCAGUACAUCGCUCAGCGGAUUACUACACCAUAAAUUACCCCUUUGAGUCCAUAUCAAAUAGUCUGGACUGGAUCAACGUCAUGGCUUACGACUUCUAUGGCUCUGCCUGGGAGUCAAGCAGAGCCAACACUGGCCCACCUGCUGCGUUAUACAAUGCCACAGCUAGCCAAAUUAACGGGAAUGUCGGGAUCACAUCUUGGAUUGGGGCAGGUGUGGCUGCCAACAAGAUAGUCUUAGGCCUUCCGUUCUAUGGCUACGCUUGGCGCUUGGUCAACGCUGAUGACCAUGGACUUUUUGCUCCGGCUGAUGGACCCGCUAAUGCCGGGACAGAUGGGACCAUGGAUUACAACCAGAUAAGGGAUUUUAUCAGCCAGAAUGCUGCGGAGACGGUGUACAAUGCGACGGUUGUAACAAACUAUUGCUACUCCGGGACGACAUGGAUUGGGUACGAUGAUACGGAGAGUAUCUCUGCCAAGGUUUCAUAUGCCAAGGAAAAGGCACUUCUUGGAUACUUUGCUUGGCAAGUCAGUGGUGACGACAGCAAUUGGGCUCUUUCUCAAACAGCUUCAACUACUUGGGGAUGAACAUUGCUGAUACAUUUACCUACAACUACACUAUAUUUGUAGACAAAAUACCUUGCAAUAAGGGCUAAUGAGGCCAAAUAAACAAUAACCGUUUCUUAUA